AGAACCUCAAGGCGUCUAUCGCAGCCAUGUCAACGCCGCGGUGUUUUGCUUCUGUUGUUGCGCUACUUUUGGUCGAAUAAACCACACGGAGACCGGGAAAAGUAAUGGGAAGUUACGCCGGCAAACAAUUGUCAAGUGUCGUCGAGGUGUGUGUUGGCGGGACAAGCGGAACGCCCUCGAAGCCUGCUGAAAUAACAUGCGUCCUAAACAUCCGCUUUACAUGCAAGGUGUUGUAAGUGCAGUGAUUGAUUUCAAUGAACCGAAGAAUUACACUGUUAGCACGGACAGCAACGAGUUUUUUUUUUUUUUUUUUUUUUGUUAACUUGUUAACUUAGCACUAUUAAUAGUAAUUGUUUGACCAACUUUGGAAGUCAGCCGGGUCAGAGGUCACCUGAGGGUUGUUUUGAGCGCCUAAAGGGCUAGCUUUUGUCGUAUGACGUUACUCCCGGCUUUUUGCUAAGGUUAGCACGCUAAUGUAGCGAGCUAAAUGACAUUCCACGGUGAUGCCUGCAGGUGAGAGUACCUGGAUAAAAACCGAGGAUGAAUUAGAUAGGCCAAAUAGGACAAAAUCUAAGAAGAAAAACACCAAAAGUAAAGAGAGCUUUGAGCUUGAGACUCUCAAAAACCUCCGUCUCAAGAAGGACGAGGAGACCGAUGAUGACACCACACAUCAUACGGAACUCAGCGGCAGUGAGUGGGAACGGGCUGCAAAAAUCAACAAUGGAGCAAACCAGGAGGAGACACUGCCAUCAAAGUCUCAAAGAAAGCUUCCCAGUCAGCCUUUGCAAGACUCUGAUGCAAGACGCAGGAGCAAGAAGGGAAAACAGAAAGAUGACCCCAAUGGAGACCACAACAAGGACGGUGAUGAGCUGCUGCGGGAGUACCAGCAGCAGAUGGCGCCAGAUGAAGAGACACAAGUGAGUGAGGAUUUAGGAAAGAUGAAAAAGAUGAAGCUGAAAUCUGCCACAACGGAAUCAGAUAUUGGGGAUCAUGACCAGAAUAAUGCUGCGGAAAGUGACAUUCAGGACAGGAAGAAGAAAAAGAAGAAAAAGUCAAGUAAAUCGGUGGAAGGGAGCAACAACACUGCGCCAAAGAAGCCAGUUGCUUCCGAUGAAAAUGAAGGUCUGGUGCUUGGGGUAUAUGUACACCGAACAGACGGCCUCAAGACAGACGUGCGCAUCUCGCAUCCCAUGGUGAAGAUCCACGUGGUUGAUGAUCUCACAGGCCAGUACGUUAAGAAAAUAGACAGCCAUCGUCCCGUGUCGUCUUUUUACGAGCAAGACAGCGUGGACCACAUCCUGCCCAUCAUGACGCAGCCAUUUGAUUUCAAGAAGAACAAAUCAAUCAUCCCUGAGUGGAAGGAGCAGAUCAUCUUCAAUGAGCCCUUUGUGCACUUUGUUGGGCAGGACCCCAACAGCCCUAGAGUUAUUAUUUUUUUUGAGAUCCUGGACUUUCUAACCAUGGAGGAGGCCAAAGCCAACGUUGAUGUUGCAAUACAUGAGCGAGGAUUCAGAAAAAUUGCAUGGGCCUUUCUAAAGCUAGUUGGUGCUAAUGGCGUGCUGAACACCGGUGGGAAAAUCCGCCUGCAGCUCUAUGUACCCCCUACAUGGGCUAAGAGAAAGCCCUGCACCAUCGAAGUGGUAGAGUGGUGGCGACAUUACCCCCGGGUCAAAUAUGCAUCCACCCUCUAUGUCACAGUGAAAGGCAUUAAGUUGCCACAGCAUGUGGAUCCGAGUAUUCGUUCCAUGAUGGCACUGCAGGAAGAGCGAGGCAGCAUGUCAUAUUGCGAGCUGCAGGAUGACGUUAACAUGACGUCCACGCCUCACUCCAAAGAGAAGGGUGCUUCGGAGUGGAAGUGGAGCAGGAUUCCUGGACAGGUGUGUCGGAUUCCCAAUAAGCCAAUGCUAGUGUUCCGUGGAGGCCAGAUGGGCUGCUUGACGUUACUCUUCUCUCAUGCUGGGACGCUUCUCGCCGCAGCUUGUGCCGACAGAGAUAUGUUUCCUGUUGUAGUGUUUGAGAUUCCCUCUGGGAAAGCUUUAGCAGUUUUCAGCGGCCAUCUUAAAGUUGUCUACGAACUGUGCUGGUCUGCAGAUGACAGACAUCUUUUAUCCGUCUCUUCCGAUGGAACAGUCAGGGAGUGGGAUGUAGGACACUUCCUACCAACUGCGCGGAAGGUUCUGCCACACCCAUCAUUCGUAUAUUCUGCACGGUACCACCCAGCGGCGGAGCACCUGGUGAUCAGCGGCGGCUACGACUGCGUAGUCCGAGCGUGGAGACUUGACGUUGACGACUUCAACGGCCUGCUCCUACGUGAAUUUGAAGCUCAUGGCGGAUUUGUCAAUACUAUUUGCUUCGACACAACAGGACACAGGAUGUUCUCGGCGGACAACACUGGAUGUAUCAUGAUGUGGAACACCUCAAUAUGCGAUGACGAACAACAGCCUUGGCGUCACUGGUGUGUGGAGAAGGUGCACACCGAGGCAGACCUCACGGGAGUGCCCAUCAACAUGCUGCAGGUCCAUCCAAACGGGCGGUGCCUCCUCAUUCAUGCCAAAGACAAUGUCCUCAGGAGUUUGGAUCUGAGAAUUAUGACAAUGAUUAAGUUCACCGGGGCCACUAAUCAAAGAGAGAGGAUCUACAGCACCUUCACGCCAUGCGGCAACUUCAUCUUCUCCGGCAGCGAGGAUGGAAUGGCGUACGUUUGGAACACUGAAACCGGUGAUCAGGUGGCGGUGUACUCGGAGCUUAGCUACAGUUCAGCCUUGUGCGGCGUGGCCUUCCACCCUCAUGAGAACAUGGUGGCCUUCUGCGCCUUUGGGGAAAGUCAACCUGUGCAUGUUUACCUGCAUGACAACAAAGUGUCCCAGCUGGAAGUGCGCAAAAUAAAGGAGCUCAGGUCUGAGUCAAACACACCUGACACGCUUAACAACACACCAGCAUUAAUGUCCUCGGAUCAGUUGAGCCAAGCAACCAGACAGGCGUUAAAAAUGCAGCGAGUCAAAGAGCAAAUGGAUUCUGUCCUUGAACCACAUCACAGGUCUUCAUCUUUUGAACCAGGAAGGAGCCUGUUUUCUGACAUCAGCACGAUAAAAUCCAACGCUUCCCUUCCUCCUCUAUUGGGCGGCUUCAGUCCAGUCGGGCUGCAUCGACAGGGGAUGUCGUCUCACAAGCAUCAGACGCCUCUUCCUAGCUACGACUCUACUCAACCUGUGGUGGUAUCACUGCACGACUACAAAGCCAACCGCUCGGACGAGCUGACGCUGCGGCGUGGCGACAUCAUCCGUGUGCUGUACAAGGACAAUGAUAAAUGGUGGUAUGGGAGCUUGCCGGAUGGACAGCAGGGCUAUUUUCUCGUUGCCUACGUAGAAGUUAAGGGAGACGCGGUCGAGGAGGUUGCAGUGGCAGAUGCAGCUGUGGAGAGGGCAACGCCGACCAUGAUUUCCACUGCAAUUACUCCUUCUGGGGAACUCCGGUUUCUCUCCGAGCCCGCUCUAACUGACACAGAGCCAGAAUUGAUGGAGGCCAAACCCAAAAAGAAAAAGAAAGUGAAAAAGAAUGUGGGAAAACCACCACCAUCGCCACAGCUAACAUCACCUCAGGCCACAGUUUCCGACACAGAUGUCGGAAGCGAGUCGGCCGACAAUAGAGUCCGACCCAAUCGCCGCCCCCUCCCGAAGAGACCGACUAGGAGGCCCAGUGAUGCUGUGCAACUCGACCAAUGAUGGUAAACUUUUUGUCAUGAUUUUAUUCAAAAGACAAUCCCUUUUUAGAAUGAUUUUUAUAUUUUUUUUAAAGUACAAAAAAAAAAAAAAAAGUUAUUUAUUAUUGGGACUGAAUGUCUCUACAUAUAGUGUAACUUCCAAAGUGGAAGUUCUAAUUUCAAAAGAGUAUGUACAAGUAAAAUAAAUGUUAACUCAUCUGCACAGGUAAUUGAAACAGUAAUUUUAUGUACCACUUUGGAGGUUGCACUAAAAAUAUUAAACAUUUUGAGGCCAAAAAAUGUGACAAAACUUUUUAUUUCACAUUUUUCAGACAGUCACAUUAAUACUGUAUAUAACACACAAGUUGCAACAGAAUAGGAGUCGCAUUUUUGAGGGACAUUAUUUUUCAAACACUUGACUAAUACAUUUCACAAUGUAAAAUCAUUUUAUAAUAAUGACUGAGUGAGUGUAGAGCAUGUUAACGCAAUGUAACACACCACUACACUUUUCUGUAUGUAAUAUAGUUUCUACCUGGUCAUGUUGGUCUGUGUGACUUAUCGUCUGAAAAAUAUGGUAGAUUUCUGAUUUUAUAUGCAGUAUUAAACUUUUUACCUUCAUGUGCGUAUCGUUUGUCAUCUUUUACACCGCACCCAGGCAGUAUUCCGUGUUUUACGUUUUUCAAAACCCAUUUUCAUAUGCACUCUUACAUGAAAGUAUAAUGAAUCAGGCUUACCGUUUAGCAUUUAAAUAUGUACAAGUUUUAUUUAAAAAAAAAAAAAAAAAAAAAAAGAUUUAUCAGAACAUCAAGUGUGCGAUUUGACUUUCAUGUAGUGAUGAUAUAAAAUAUUGUCACUAAAGUUUCAACAAGGAUUUUAUUCAUCCAGGAGUGGAAGAGUUUCGUCAUUUUGUUGCCUCUUAUCUGGAAGCCUGGAAAAAAAAAAUCAAAAAGGGAAUGAUUCACAAAUGAUAAAACUUUGAUUCACUCGCAGUUUUUCCUCAGCUUAGACAAUGUUUUAAACCUAAAGGCUACAAGCUGUAAUGCGUUACAUUUAUGUGCUUCUAUGUUAUUUCGUAGCAUUAAGAUAAGCACUUAAAAUCGAUGUUUUGCUCAUCAGCUGCAACGAGACAUCUAAUCCAUUUGAAUGUGACGAAAGGCAGCAACCAUAUGCAGAAAUGAGUGAAAAAUGAAUCUGCUGUAAAUUUAAAUAUGUCCAAUCCAUUUGAACUGGGAAGCUUUGCACUAAAUAAACUUACAGUAUAUCAGUAAUGUCAAGUAAGAUAAUUUACCUUUGCGGUGUUGCCUGAUGCGCGACAUAAUACAGCGCCAGGAGGAAAGCCUAAGGACAUGUCACAACACCAUCAACCACAGGUGAGUUUUACAUCACCACCCUAAAUGCUAAAUGUAUUGUAUUAAAGGCCUGCAAAUCCAUCUGGAAUUCCUCAGGUGAGGUGACAGAAAUCACUUCUUUUGACUCAUGAACUGCAAUGUAACCUAAAUGAUUGGAGAGGCUGUUGGCAAAAUUAAAUGUCAAACUUACACCGAUGAAAGCCAGGCCUCCUUGGAUGGCAGCUGCCCACUCGAAGCUUAAACGCUGCGUGAUGAAGCCACCCAUGGUGGGCCCGUAAAACAUCCUAGAAAUGGGAAGCAAGCACUCAUGUUUACACCAGAUCUUUUUUUUUUUUUUUUUUUUUUUUUAAACCUCUCCUAUUCAGCUGCUUAGACAUGGAGAAUAGGAAUCUGACUGUCCAUAUGGUCUUAAUAGUUUUAAUGUAUCAAAUAGGUGUUUAAUCUAUAACCUGUAGCAAAAAGUAUGGAAUCACCACUCCCCGAGGAGCGAGCACUCAGACAUUUUAUUGUGUAGAAAAAACUCAAGAUAAAAAGCUUGAAAAAAUAAUGAAUUAGUUCAAAAGUGCAACUCCUUGGCAUUCAGAAACACUAAAAGAAAUGAAUAAAAAACAUUGUGGUGGUCAGUAAAUGUUACUUCUAAAGAGCAAUUGCAGGGAAAUAAAUAUGGAAUCAUGAGAAACAAAGAAAUAACAAUCAAAACACAUCUCUAAUAUUUAGUUGCACCACCUCUGGCUUUUAUGACAGCUUGCAAUCUCUGAGGCAUGGACUUGAUGAGUGACAAACAGUAUUCUUCAUCAAUUUGGUGCCAACUCUCUUUGAUUGCAGUUCAGAUCAUCCUUGCAGGUCGGAGCCUUGCUGUGGACCAUUUUUUUCAAUUUCCCCCACAGGUUUUCUAUAGGGUUGAGAUCUGGGCUGACAUUGACUGGGUGAGUAUUUCUCCAAGGAAUGCUUCAACAGUUUUAGCUUUGUGGCAUGAUGCAUUGUCAUCUUGGAAAAUGGAAAAUUAAUUAUUUUUUCAAGCUUUUUAUCCGAGUUUGUUCU